CGGUCAUUUGUCAGCUUUCUGGACACACAGACAGAGACAGACAGGAUGGAUUUCCUCCGGCUACGUCUCCCUGGGCUGCAUCAGGCCUUGCGGGGAGCACUGGAUUCCCUCAGCUUCUUUGUCUCCUACCUUAUGGGAGCUGAGGUCCCCACUGCAGAGAGGAAGGAGGCGAGGGCAGCUGAGGAGCUGGGGGAGGUGGCUGCAGGAAGGCCAGGGAAGCCUGAAGAGAAGGAAGCCCAGGAGGCCUUGGAGGGCCUUGGAGGCAGCCCAAAUCAGGAGGCUGGAGGGCUGAGAGGGCCCGGGGAGGCUGGAAGACGCCAGGAGGGAAGUUCAGCAACAGAACAGACCUGGGGUUGGGAAGAAGGCAGUUCCCAUGGGUCUCAGGCAGACAGGCAGGACACUGGGGUCUGGGAGGCAGCCGAGGCUGCCAGGUGCCAGGAGCCAAGGGCCCACUUAGAGGCCAGAAAGGAGUCCAAGGCAGGGUCUGAGGCUGGUCGAGACAAUAGCAGUCAAGCCCCGGAGAGUCAAGGGCCCAAUGAGCAGGAAGUGAACAGAGAGGAGACACCGAGAACCUGGGAACAGGAGGAGGAGGCGGAAGAGGGCAGGGAAAGAAAACCAGAGGUGGCCAGGAAGGUGGAGUCAGAGUGGACCUGGCACUGGGAGCCUGAGGGGGAGGUAGGUGCUGAUGGACAAAAGGUAGCAGGGGACAGCAGGGGGUCGUUAGAGCAAACGGUCAGGGAGGCAGUUGCAGAGGAGAUCCAGGGGUCUGGAGCCAAAGAGACCGGGAAGGAAGAAGAGGUGAUGGGGGUCCUAAGGGGUAGCCAAAGCACAAGGGCACAGGAAGCAUGGGAGUCAGGGACAGAAUCUGAGGAUGGGACAACCUCAGGCAGGGAGGAGGAUGGGACAGCCUCAGGCAGGGAGGAGGACAGCAAGGCCUCAGACAGGUCAGGCAGGGAGGAGGACGGGACAACCUCAGGCAAGGAGGAGGACAGCACAGCCUCAGGCAGGGAGGAGGACGGGACAGCCUCAGUCAGGGAGAAGGAGGAGGAGGAUAGAACAGCCUCAGGCAGGGAGGAGGCUGGAAUAACUUUAGUCAGGGUAGAGGCCAGGACAACCUCAGUUGGGAAGGAGGGUGACCUCUCAGGAGCCAGGAAGAGAGAAUAUGGGGAAGUCUCAGGAGAAAGGAUCUCAGAGGGCACUGGGAGGGCCUGGGCAUUCGAGGAGGCCUCCAGGGGAGACCAGGAGGAAGAAAUGGAUGAGAAUAGAGAGGCUGAGAUGAGCUUUUCCCCCAAAGAAACCCAGUCCCUGGGAACUAAGGGCACAGAAGAAGCAACUAAGGACCAGACAGCAGCGGGGGAGGCUGCAGAAGGCCAUGGGUCAGAGGGGGAGGUAGGGGAGGGCUUUGAGAUCCAAGCAGAUGAGGAAGGGAAAGAGGCUGAGGGGAGGCAAGCCUCAGCGAUCAGGACUGUUCCAGCCAGUCCGGAGGAGGUGGUGGAGGCAGAGAAGACCAAAGAGGAGGAAGAGGUUUUCUGGGCCUCAGAGGCUGAGUUGCCCAAGGACGACGUGACAAAUGAGGCUGAAGGGGAUGCUGACCUGGAAGCAACCCUAGAGACCAGCAGUCCUGAGAAGGAGUUCGGCGGGGAGAGGAGUGAGGGGGAGGCUCAGACAGGCGGAGAAGCACAGGGGGUGGAGUGGGGUGGCCUUGAGCACGAAAUCACUGAAGGCCAAGAACCUGAGCUGAUGGCAGGCCCCCAGACCCUGACAGAGCAGCCUGAGGAAGGACAGGGGGGUGAGGAAGAGCUCUGGGGUGUUUCAGCUCUGAGCAAAGAGGAGAUGGAAGGGAGCCUGGAGGAAUACCCCAGGAAAGUGGGAGAUGUAAAGCCUGAUGCCCCUGGGGCAGAAGUCUGGGAGAACCAGAGAAGGGAUGUGGAGGGAGGGGAUACCCAGGAAGAAAAAGCAGAUACUGAAGAGGGGGAGGAGGAGGCUGCAGGAGGCCAGGCCCCGAAGGAGGCCCAGGGAGGCCGAGAGUCUGCACUCCCAGAUGUCCCGGAGGCAGGCGGGGAGUGGAAGAAAGCCCAAGAUGCAGGGUACGGGGCAGAGGAGGGAGACACCCCUGGAGCAGAGAGCCAGGAGCUGGGUGGAAGGCAUGGGGCAGACGCAGGGACAGGUCAGUCGCUGGGAGAGUCAGAUGCUAGAGAAACCGAGGAUGCGGAAGUGGAGGCCACAGUGCCCUGGGGGGCAGACACAACAUCCAGCGGAGACUGGAGGCUGGAGGAGGCCGCUCGGAGCCUCCAGGACAGCGAGGACCCAGGGGUCAGUUCUUUGGCUGCUGAGAUAGUGAGGGAUAAGGUAGCUCUGGUUGGAAGGGCUGCUGGAGCUGGGGGAGGGCUCGAAAGAGAGGCUGGGGAAGCUGCGGACUCCAAAGGGAAGCAGGAGGCUGGGGGAGGCGUGGAGCUGGUAGAGGCUACAUGGGGAGAAAACCGAGGUGGGCCGGAGUUUGGCCUGGCGGGCUCCGCAGACGAGAAGGUGGCUGGCAGAGGGGGCCAAGCCGAGGCUCUGGAGGCCAGAGAGGGUGAGCCCGGGGGAGAGUGGGUGGAGGUCAGGGAGCCUGCGGCGGCAGAAGGAAGCUGUGAGAUGGGUGGCUUUAUCUCGGGCUCCCAGGUGGCGAAGGCAGAGGGCACCGUGGCCACAGUGGAGGCCGAGGGGCUCCCAGGAGGGCAGACGCUGUUGGAAGAGGAGGCUGUGGGAUGGCAAAUGAAGGAGCAGGGGCGGGGCAGGGAGGGGCAAUGUGGGGACCACCACCCCGAGGGAGAGGCAAGAAGGCCCCCUGAUGUGGAGGAUGUUGCGGUGACUGAAGACCGGAGAGCACAGGCCGAGGAGAUUGUUCCCGAAGGCCCGGAGGACGUCCAGGGCCCGGAGGACCAGUCAACACACCAGGAGCCUGCAGAGGCCGAGCAUGGGCUCCACGGGGAGACGGCAGCAAGUGCCGGCCAGGGUGCGGGCACCAGCUGGAGUGAGGCCCUGCUCCCUGGGUCUCUCCUGGACGUCUCUGUGCCCCGGAGCCGUGUGCUCCUGUCUCGCAACUCCUCACUGCGCCGCUCCCGGCCCUCUUCCCGACGGACCGGCGCCCCUGAGCAGCAGGAGGAGCCUCCCCGCCCCCCACCCGAGGAAGAGAUGUCAGCUCGCGAGCAGAGACUUCUCCAGCCAGAGGAGCCCCCAGAGCCCAGCCCCCCAAAGCCUGAGGGGACCCCACUGCCAGCCAGGAGAAGGCCGCUGGGACAUGGGUUUGGUCUUGCACACACUGGCAUGAUGCAGGAGCUGCAAGCCCGGCUGGGCCAGCCAAAGCCUCAGGGAGGGCCCUGAGCCCCCGGGAGCCCGGCUCCAAGUGAGGCUCAGAGGGAUCCUCCAAACCCUGCGCAGCCUAUCUCCCUCUGCCACUUUGGACAUACCCUUUCCACCCUCUGGGCCUCAGUUUCUUAGUGUGUCAUUCUCGGAACAGACGGAACCAGACGCCUGUGAGGACCAUGAACUUGAGGAGCAUGACUCGGCAAUGUGGCCGACAGACUCCC